AACGAACAACUUCGUUCACAAUUUGUUACCAAAUAUUUUUAUUUUGUAACAAGAGAUAAAGAGAGGGCGUUUUCAAUAUUCAAAUAAUGUGCAUUUGGCUUAGUUAAUUUCGUAAUGAAAAUGUUUUAGGGUACGCAUAGCUGUAGGGUUGAAAUAUGAAACAACGAAUUUUAAAGAAAUUGUUCGUUUUCAAGAAUUUGUAAAAUUGCGAUGCCACGAAACUGUGAUGAAGAUUCAGGGCGCAGCUCCUGUUCGGCUGCUUCUAUCACAUUCAGCCCUGUAAUGGACUAUCAUCACUUUAAAUCUGAAGAUCAACUAGAAAUAAAACAGUUACGAAAUCAAGCUAUUGCAGCCAAUGCAACCUUAAAAGUGAGCACUCGUCCAAGAAGCUAUGUUGGCCUUAUGAGUUCACCGGAUGAAAAAGAUCCAUUUCCAAGUUACAGGGUAUCUCAAACACAUAGAAAUGCUGUUUUCAAUUUAUUUGAUACACCCAGGCUUGGGGGUUUGAGCAAUGCACAUUCGACUUUUGAUAUAGCUACCAGCACCCAAAUAGAACAACCACAAAUUCAAAAUGAUGCUGUAUCUAUGUCGGCUGUUAAUUCUGAUGAAGGCAAGUUUAACAAAGCUAAGCAGACUACACAAUCAUCUAAUUUCAAAAGAGGUAAACCUGUUCAAAGAGCUGCAUCUAGGCUUUAUAAAGCUGAUGGUUUAAAAGGUAAAGAAGGCUGCAUUGGUCCUGAAUUUAUUGUGCGAGCUUCCCAACCAAUUAAGCAUAUAGAUUUAACACUAAGUGCUGUGUGUGAUAAAAGAAUUGUAACUAUUGUGUUACUAAAUGGACAAAGGAUAGAGGUGCUUUGUGAUCCGGCAACAAUAACCGCUGGUCAGCUAUUUGAAGGGGUGGUCCACAGUGAAAAAUAUGAACACAAUUUUAUGCUUGGAGUAGCGGCUUUAAUUGGUGGAGAUUUUGUUUUCCUGCCAGAUGAUUAUAAAAUUAAAAAAAUAGCCCCUGAAAACUGGCAUAAAACAAAUAAGAAAAAUAGAGGAAUUGAGGAAAUUAUCUCAUUAACAGUAUUCUUAAGGAUAAAAUUUUUCCUUCCUAAAAGUAUUGCAAGUAAUAUUCAAGGCGGUGAGUGGAGAUACAGGGUGUAUCUUCAGCUGCGAAGGGCAACUGUUGAAGGACAAAUGACUUCAACAAUCCAAAAUCUCAUUUUACUUGCAGGGUAUGCUUUGCAUAUAGAGUUUGGGGAAUAUUCUUACAGGGAACAUGGAUCUGCUGAUUAUUUCUUGUUAGAACACUAUUUACCAGAAUCUGUUAUAACCCAAGAUAUGGCAGAUAUCAAAUUAAGAAUGAAGAGAGCUCACGAAUCCAGGAGAGGUCUAGACAGAAAUAAAGCCAUAAUUAAUUAUAUAACACUAGCACAAACAUUUAGAGACUAUGGGGCACAUUUUUACUCAGCUGUAUGGGCUACUAGAGAUGGGUUUUGUAGAGAUGUAUGGUUGUCUAUUGCCCCAAGAGGGAUAACAUUAUUUUCUCGGAAUGGUCAAGGAGUUGAUGAUUCCAGUUUAAAUACCAACCGGAUAGUAUUACAGAGCCUCCCAUGGCACCAUAUCCACACUUUCUAUUACAAUAAGAAAAGUUUAUACAUUAUGCCUAAUUCAUAUUCUGGCUUAUCAAAAAUUGGUAUUAAAUACAAACUUAAAAUGACGGACAAUAAGAGUUACUUUACAUUUUGGUUAGCCUCAUUGCACCACAGGUUGUAUUUAAAAUUAUAUGCAAAAGAAGAUUUUAUCACAUAUUUAUCUGCUGAAAUUGGCUCACCUUCAGGUAACAGCCCAAAGAAAGUAGAUUGCAGUAACUACCAAGAUAGUUAUAAUUUAGCAGUUAGAAAUCCCACAAGAGUUAGAAGACCUGCUAGAAGAAGAUUUAAGGUUGACAUAUUUGGGGACAAGAAAGUACAAGAUAAAGAAAAUGAAAAGCCAGACACUGAAGAAUUGUUACGUAGGAUAAUAGCCCCACAGCACAAUGAUAGUUUCUUAAAUUCCUCAAGUAUAGGGCAUGGGAGUUCAUCAAAUGAGGCUCUGUCCUCUUCAGAAAGCAGUCUACCGAGAAGGCACGGAGUGAAAAUGGGUACACGGGUAUUUAAAGGAAUGAAAACCGUCCUAGAUGGCAGUAAUCUUCGAUCACCAAUGUCAAAAAGUAUGAACGACUGCCGGAGAUCAGAUGGUACGAUACAUAGUGAUUCAGAUGACCUUAGCUUGGAGCAGAAAAAUCAUUGCAUUGUGAACAGUAUGAAACUGUUACCUGAAAGACAGUACAGUCAAAAUGUCAGUACAGGUCCAACUGCAUAUGUUUUAGAAUCACCCAAAGUAUAUUCUGAUGUUUUUAAUUAUAAAGAGGCAAAUGAGUCUUGUCUUAAUACAUCCUUAUUUGAAAAAUUGGAUACCAUGGAAUAUGUACAAGGUGAAAGAGUUUUUGUUACUGCAGUCAUAGAAAGAGAUGAAACAAAUGCAUUGGGCCUGCAGGUUGCUGAGGGUUCCGAUGGUAAUGUGUAUAUAAAAUCAAUCACAUCGGGAAGCCCUGCAGAAUCAUGUAGAAAACUGUUGCCCGGUGACCAGAUCAUAUCUGUUAAUGGUCAGACAUUAUUAAAUUUAAAAUAUGAUAAAGCUUUAGCAAUGUUGCAAUCUGCCCCACAAAUUGUCGAACUAAUAGUUUUGCAGAAUGUAAAUAAGCAAUCGAAUUUAGAUUAUCACUCCCUUAUGGAAUCUAAUAAAGAAUUUAAUGGUAGCCAAAUAAAUUUAAAAGACAUUGGCAACUCUUUAGAUACAGAUUUAGACAAUGAUGAGUUACUCAAUGAAGAAGCUUUGAAGACUAUUUACGCGUUAAUAAAACUGACGAAAGAAAAAGUGAUCAGUAGAAUGAAAGAUAAGAGUAGUGCGCAAAAUACACCAAACAAAAGUAAUUUAAAAAAAUGUUAUUCAGAAAAUAAAGUUUAUGAGGAGUCUGAUUUGGCAGAUUAUUCAUCUCAAGAAAAUACGCCACAGAAAAAAGAUAAACAGAGGUUCAAUACAUGGCGUGGAGAAAUGACUAUCACCAGACAACGAAGACCUUUAAGCUUGAGUAUACCUAAUAACAUAUAUUUACCAGACGAGUACCUUGAUGAUAGCAAAAGUGAUAUUUUAUUAAAGAAGUCUUCAUUAAAAUCGAUUCAAUCAUCUAUAAACAGUUUGGAUAAAUCAGAGAAGAAUGCAUCAGUUAAAAAUGUCGCCUUACCAAGAAAUUAUGGACUGAGCCGAAAAUGGCUAGGACCAGUUCGAUAUCCUGUGACUCCUUGUAAAAAUAGCAAUAUAGAGAGUGCAAUUGUUAAUGACAAUGUAGUGAGGAGACACUUUGUUUAUGGUGCUGGUGAUUCUGAUGAAGAUCAGAUAUUUCUAUAAUCUGUUAAAUUUUUUAUCAACGAAUUUUCCCUUCGUCCUAAGACAUUAGUUAUACAUUCGUUAUUUUUAAAUAUAUAUUCUAGUGUUGUACAUAAACGGUCCGGAAGAAGCGACUAUAUCUUAUUAAACUUAGCUCGCAAUUAUAAGACAUAUUUACUAUAGAAUAUAGUAAUUGUAAGAUGAAAAAUUAUACCGCCGCAGUAAUUUUUAAGAUUGUAAAAAACAAUACCAAG